CAUGCUCAUUGACUUUUUCCCUGCAUCACAAAGGGUUCACCGUGCUCCUUAUCAAAAAGUAUAUAACACCACAGAUCUUGACCACCUCGACCCUGCUGAUCUCGAAAUCCCUCCUCGAUUGCUAACGCAUCAUCUAUGCCGUCCCCUAUCGUUGAAAUAUAUGCGCCCCUCAUGGUGGGAGCCUUUCUGACUUCAGUCCUGUAUGGUGUAGCUGUAAUGCAGAUGUACAUCUACUAUCAAACCUCGCAGAGGGAUCCUCGAUGGAUGAAGUUGUUUAUAUUAUAUCUCUUACUAGCAGAGACGACGAACACUAUCCUCGACAUAGGUAUUGUCUUCGAGCCAUUGAUUUUGAGAUACGGUUCCGAAAUCCCGACAAUACGUUCGCCAUUGCUACUACGCGCAGACGGGGUAAUGACCGUCCUCAUAUCGACCCCUGUACAGCUGUUUAUGGCAUGGCGUAUCGGAAUCAUUGCGCAGUCCAAGAUACCCCCUCUUGUGAUUGCAGCAUUUUCGUUUACUGCUAUGGCCGGCGGAAUCUGGACGACGGUCUCGGUCAGCCUCAAACCUGAUUACCACCAAUUCGUAGAAUUCCGGGCGGCGCCGACUACAUGGCUAGUAUCUUCGGCCGUCACUGAUAUAGUUGUAUCCUGUUUUCUGGUAUAUUCGUUGUCAAAAAAGCGGAAUGUUUUCAGCGAUGAUAUCAUAACAAGGCUCAUACGCUACAACGUCCAGACUGGCACCAUUACAGCUCUAGCUGCACUGGCUGACGCCAUCGUAUUUAUAACCGAUGACGCAUCUACCGUAUUUUUUAGCUGGGAUCUCUGUAUUGCGAAGCUCUAUUCUCUCUCGUUACUGUCUUCGCUGAACGCAAGGAGCAGCGCCAAAGCCUUAAAGGCCUAUGAACCCAAUCCACUCUUCAACACUUCAGAAGAGACAUCAGCUUCAUUGCAUUUCAGGGCGCCACCCUUAAUGACGAUUACGCCCAACAACGACAUCUAUGAACUUCGGAGUGUGCCCAGUCCACACUCGAAAAGAGACUUGGAGGCAGCAGAAAUAUAUGUUGAGCAGGAGGUGUUCAGCCGACGAGACAGUGAGGUUCGACCCCCUUCAGAGCUAUGAUUGUGAUUACCCGACCCAGGCGCGGUCGGUUCGCGGAAUGUGGCUUACACAUUACUUGCUUAUAGCCAUCAUCAUCUUUAAUAUCCUCCCCGUUACUGUAUCCACGUUUCGUAGUUAGGUUCGCCGAGAUCAAGUCCGCUGUUCUUCAGCGUAAGCAGUUCUUGUUUGAACCUGCAGCUAAGUGCCAAGCAUUUGUGGCUGAAAUUGAGCCACGAACACUGUCCGGCACCGAG